CCCAGCCGAGGGUGCUUUUCUCGAGAGCAAAAGCGCGGUCCUAACGCGCUCGUCUGUUUGGGGUUGCGUAGGGUUAGGGUUUUUCGUCGCCCAGGAUACGCAGGUUUAUAUCUUUAACUGAAACAUGGUGGAGACUGGAAAACGUCCACGCCAGCAGAGGGAUGACAACAAUGAUGGGAGACAACAGAAGAGACCGGGUAACAAGGAGAGAUCUGGUGAUGGUGAACUUGUUGUCUAUCGCAUGCUUUGCCCUGAUGGUGUUAUUGGGAGUGUCAUUGGUAAGAGUGGUAAAGUGAUAAAUUCCAUAAGACAAGAGACACAUGCUAAAAUCAAGGUUGUCGAUCCUUUUCCUGGUGCGGACAAGAGGGUUAUCACCAUAUACUGCUAUGUUAAAGACAAGGAUUCUAUGGAUGUUGAUGAGGACAGCAUGGAACCUCUUUGCCCUGCUCAAGAAGCUCUGCUUAAGGUGCAUGAUGCAAUUGUCAAUGCCCUGGCUAUUGCUAGUGAAUCUGAUAAGAGGAACAAGGAGGAGGCCUACAUACUUGUUCCAGCUAGCCAAGCUGCAAACAUAAUUGGCAAAUCUGGGGCCACCAUAAAGAGAUUGAGAUCAAAGACCAAUGCAAACAUAAAAGUAAAUGCAAAGGAUGCCAAUGAUGCUACUCAUUCCUGUGCAAUGAACUUUGACAACUUUGUUCAGAUAACUGGUGAUGCUGAAGCUGUGAAGAAAGCAUUAUUUGCAGUUUCUACUAUUAUGUACAAGUUUUCACCAAAAGAAGAGAUCUCCCUUGAUACUUCUGUUCCAGAGCUUCCACCAAUUAUUAUUCCUUCAGAUGUCCCUAUUUAUCCAGCGGGCAGCUUUUUUCCUGCUGCGGAUGCUCUUGUUCCUCCUCGAUCUAUGCCACCAGUCAUAGGUGCCACACCACCUGUAUCAGAACUUCAUGGAUAUACUGAUACUGCUAAUGCAUGGCCAGUUUAUCAAUCUGCUCUUCCUGUUAUUUCUGGAUAUGGUGGUCCAUCACGUUCAGAGGAUUUAGUAGUACGAGUCCUAUGUCCAUCCGACAAGAUUGGACGUGUUAUUGGUAAGGGAGGGAGUACUAUAAAGAGUAUAAGGCAAAACAGUGGUGCGCGCAUUGAUGUUGAUGACACAAAGGACGAGACUGAAGAAUGCCUUAUUACUGUCACAUCGACAGAGUCCACCGAUGAUAUCAAAUCUGCUGCAGUUGAAGCUGUUUUGCUGCUUCAAGGAAAGAUUAAUGAUGAGGAUGAUGAGAAAGUGAAUAUCCGUCUUCUUGUUCCAUCAAAGGUGAUUGGCUGCCUCAUUGGCAAGAGUGGCUCGAUUAUAAAUGACAUGCGUAAGAAGACUAAGGCUGAAAUUCGGAUCUCAAAAGGUGAAAAGCCUAAGCGUACUGCUUCCAAUGAUGAGCUUGUUGAGGUAACUGGAGAGGUAGGUAAUUUGCGUGAUGCACUAGUUCAGAUUAUUUUGAGGCUUAGGGAAGAUGCUUUGAGAGAUAGGGAUGGAAGCCAGAAUACUCACAAGGAUGGCAAUCAGAACGCUCCUCCAGUUGAUCCUCUUUAUUCUAGUGGUCUCUCUGUCCCUCCUGUAUUGCCUAGCAUUCCAUCUGUUGCACCUUUGAGCUAUGACCAGAGAAUAGAAACUGAAAGGGGUUUGGGAGUACUUUCUGGCAGCAGUUUGUAUGGAUACAGUUCUUUGCAGGCUGGAGAGAAUGGCUAUGGUUCCCUUUCAUCAUAUUCAUCAAAGGCAUAUGGAGGAUUGCCUCCGUAUAUUGAGAUGGUGAUUCCUGCAAAUGCUUUAGCUAAAGUUAUGGGAAAAGGUGGUACAAACAUUGAAAAUAUAAGAAAGAUAUCUGGAGCUCAUAUAGAAGUUGUUGAGUCAAAAUCAUCUCGUUUUGAGCGUAUUGCUCAGAUAUCGGGAACCCCUGAACAGAAGCGUGCUGCAGAGAACCUAAUCCAGGCAUUCAUAAUGUCCACUUAAGAUGAUGGAUAUGCUUUGAAGCUCCAGUAGGUGAUCUUUUGUUCCAUUGUCGCAGUGCACUUCCUUCUGGUUUUCCAUAGUUCCCUUAGGUUUUUAUUCUAUAGAGGAAGGGCGUAUCUGUUAAAAUCCUAGUGGUGUCUUCUGCCUCCUCAGAGUCAAUUCUGUUCCUGAAGAAUCUGCUGCUGACUUGUCAUUGAGGAAGAUAUUCUCUAUGAAUCUGUCUUGUCUGAUUAUCCUAGAUAUCUUAGGUCCUUAUUUUCCUCUUUGACGUUAUUUUCUUGUGCAUCUCUGACUAGCUUGGAUGCCAUAUAUCCCGGUUUUAGCAACUCUUUAUCAACUGAUUCGCUGCUUGAUAUAUUGACGUUUCGUUAUCCUGUCUUUUGCCUGUUGCUUCCUCAGCUAAAUGGAUAGGAUCUAUCCUUAAACAGGGUGGUGGGAUCAAGUUUGCCAUGUACUAUUUCACUGCUGAACUGAAGUUUUAUGGUCAUUAUUGAAGCUGAAAAUUGUGUGCUGAAAUGGAAUCAUAAAGCCCAAGAACUCCCUCCUUUCCUCGUGCUUGUAUAGAUUCGAUGUUUGAUUUUGUUAUCUAAAUCAAAUCUGAGUCAAGAACUGCAUGUUGUGUAGUGCUUGUACUUUUGCUUCUUCCUUCGGGUAUUUUUGAUUUUAACUCUUUUUGCUUGUGAUUUUCCUGGACAUUCAAUUUCCUGCUUCUUUUGUGUUUAUGUUUCCCUUGUAUUUUUCAUUGCAUUAAUCUUGGGUCAAUUUUUUAGCCAGUUGGUGGCCCUUCAACUCAUUGUUUUUAAACACCGGUCUGUAUCUGAACUAUCUAUUUUGGAUUUUGGGGCAUCGAAUAAGUUUGCCUGCUCAUCCUAUUCUGCCAUGCCCAAAACUAAUAAUUUUGUAGUUAAAGUGUAUAUUCUCGUUCUCUACUUCACAAAAGCUGCCAACUUCUGACCCACCAAGAGACUGACAUUGUAGAUAUCCAUCAUGAGUAAUAUCCCUCUGUGACUUUAUAGAGGCCCUUUUCCAUCCUGCAUGCUGCAGAGAAGGUUAGCUGUAGGUUUCAGUUUACAGGUGGUGCAUUCAGCAGGUGGAAGUUUGGUUUCCUUGACUCUGCAAAAUGUUGUUGCUGUUAACACUGACCAUGUACGUUAUGUAUGUAUAUGUUGAUAAGCUUUUAGAAGUGGUGAUAGGGUCAUGUGUGGGUUGCUUUUUUUAAUUUUCAGCCCACUCAAGUAGUUUUUUUGCAUUUUGACGGUACUGAAGUAUUGGUGGUAUUGAUCUUAAAAUUAUUUUAUUAGGUAUGUUUUUUCAGUCAUUUACUGAAGAAAAUAGUCUUGGUGUUGAUUA